AUGCGCGCUGAGACGUCGGUGGUUCGGGAGCAUGAGGAAUUUCUCUGGCUCCACAGUGUGCUGGAUGAGAACGAGAGCUAUGCUGGUUUCAUUGUCCCACCGGCUCCUCCACGCCCUGAUUUUGACUCGUCACGAGAGAAAUUGCAGAAGCUUGGUGAAGGGGAGGCGACCAUGACAAAGGAGGAGUUUCUGAAAAUGAAGCAGGAGCUUGAACAGACUAUCUCGCCUGUGUGUGUGUUUUGGCUAUUGCAGAGUGGUUUUCUUACACGAGGAUUGCGCUCAUCCGGUGUUUCGGAAGACUCAAUUCCGCAUCUUUUUAAA